AUGGCAGUAGCCCCCCGGCUGUUUGGGGGGCUCUGUUUCCGUUUCCGUUUCCGGGACCAGAAGCCGGAAGUGGCUUUUGAGGGGACUUCUCUAUCCCCAGUUGCGGUGACUGUGAGAGGAGGGCGAACGGCCAUGGCGGCGGUCGCACGGGGUCAGGCGGCUGCAGCUGCGGCCGAGGACCGAGAGCCACAGCGUGAAGCGGUGCCGGGCCUGGCGAGCCAGCGGCGCCAGAUCGAGAAUGGGCGAGGGUAUCCGCUGCGGGCGGGCGAAAGCUGGUUCCUCGUGGAGCAGCGCUGGUACAAGCAGUGGAAAGUAUACGUGCAGGGAGGAAACCAGGACUCCAGCGCCUUCCCUGGCUGCAUCAACAAUGCCCAGCUCUUUGAAGACCAGGUAAACUGGCGCCUCAAGAAGGGACUGGUGGAAGGUGAGGACUAUGUGCUGCUCCCAGCGGCUGCUUGGCAUUACCUGGUCAACUGGUAUGGUCUAGAGCAUGGCCAGCCUCCCAUUGAACGCAAGGUCGUGGAGCUGUCCAGCAUCCAGAAGGUUGAAGUGUACCCAGUAGAACUGCUGCUCAUCCAGCACAGUGAUAUGGACACAGCUCACACCGCUCAAUUCAGCUGCACAGAUUCUAUUGACCUAGUUCUGCGCACCGCUCAAGAGCAGUUUCUGGUGAGCCCCCAGGAAGAGACACGGCUGUGGAUCCAGAACGCGGAGGGCUCUUUUGAGAGGUUGUGCAACACACGUGUCACAGUGCUUGACGCCGCUCUCAAGACUGGGCAGGUGGUCAUCAUGGAGACCCGAAACAAGGAUGGCACUUGGCCCAGCGCACAGCUGCCCGCCAUGAGCAGCGCGUCGGAGGAGGAUGAGGACUUCCAGGUCCAGCCGGGCGUCUGUGGUCUCACCAAUCUGGGCAACACGUGCUUCAUGAACUCGGCCCUGCAGUGCCUCAGCAACGUGCCACAGCUCACCAACUACUUCCUCAAAAACCGCUACCUGGAGGAGCUCAACUUCUGCAACCCGCUGGGCAUGAAGGGGGAGAUCGCAGAGGCCUAUGCAGACCUGGUGAAGCAGGCGUGGUCCGGCCACCACCGCUCCAUCGUGCCCCACGUGUUCAAGACCAAGGUCGGCCACUUUGCGUCCCAGUUUCUGGGCUACCAGCAGCAUGACUCACAGGAGCUGCUGUCGUUCCUCCUGGAUGGACUGCACGAGGACCUCAAUCGUGUUAAGAAGAAGGAAUAUGUGGAACUGUGCGAUGCUGCUGGGAGGCCAGAUCAGGAGGUUGCUCAGGAGGCCUGGCAGAACCACAAACGGCGGAACGAUUCUGUGAUUGUGGACACUUUCCAUGGCCUCUUCAAGUCCACGGUGGUGUGCCCUGAUUGUGGCAACGUGUCUGUGACCUUCGAUCCCUUCUGCUACCUCAGUGUCCCACUGCCUAUGACCUACAAGAGGGUCAUGGAGGUCUUCUUUGUCUCCAUGGACCCCCGCCGCAAGCCAGAGCAGCACCGGCUCGUGGUCCCCAAGAAAGGCAACAUCUCGGAUCUGUGUGUGGCUCUGGCCAAACACACUGGCGUCUCGCCAGAAAGGAUGAUGGUGGCCGAUGUCUUCAGUCACCGCUUCUAUAAGAUCUACCAGCUGGAGGAGUCUCUGAGCAGCAUCUUGGACCGAGAUGAUAUCUUCAUAUACGAGGUGUCAGGCAGGGCUGCUAUUGGCGAGAACUCCAGAGAGGACGUUGUGCUUCCUGUCUACCUGCGGGAGCGCACCCCAGCCCAGGACUACAACAGUUCUUACUAUGGCCUGAUGCUCUUCGGGCACCCGCUCCUGGUGUCGGUGCCCCGGGACCGGCUCUCCUGGGACGCCCUGUAUCACAUCCUGCUGUACCGCCUCUCACGCUAUGUGACCAGACCCAGCUCGGAUGACGAGGAUGAUGGGGAUGAGAAAGACCUGGAGGAUAAGGACAACCUCCCUAAGCCUGGACACCUGGCUGGGGGCAGCUCCCAAGACCCUGGGCCAGAGCAGGCUGGGCCCAGCUCUGGAGUCGCGGGCGGGAGCCGGGCCCCCGUGGACAACUCCCCUGGACCAUCUCACUGGCCCCAGAGAGCACGGCGCAAGCACCUCUUCACCCUGCAGACAGUGAAUUCCAAUGGGACCAGCGACCGCUCGACCUUCAACGAGGAUACCCAUGCCCAGCCGUACAUUGCCAUCGACUGGGAGCCAGAGAUGAAGAAGCGUUACUAUGACGAGGUGGAGGCUGAGGGCUACGUGAAGCAUGACUGCGUUGGGUACAUGCUGAAGAAGGCUCCGGUGCGGCUGCAGGAGUGCAUCAAGCUCUUCACCACCACUGAGACCCUGGAGAAGGAAAACCCCUGGUACUGCCCCAAUUGCAAGCAGCACCAGCUGGCCACCAAGAAGCUGGACCUGUGGAUGCUGCCGGAGACGCUCAUCAUCCACCUGAAGCGCUUUUCCUACACCAAGUUCUCCCGCGAGAAGCUGGAUACCCUUGUGGAGUUUCCUAUCCGGGACCUGGACUUCUCCAACUUUGUCAUCAAGCCGCAGAACGAGUCGGCCCCAGAGCUGUACAAAUAUGAUCUCAUCGCAGUUUCCAACCAUUACGGGGGCCUGCGGGAUGGACACUACACGACAUUUGCCUGCAACAAGGACAGCGGUCAAUGGCACUACUUCGAUGACAACAACGUCUCACCUGUGACUGAGAAUCAGAUUGAGUCCAAGGCAGCCUAUGUCCUUUUCUACCAACGCCAGGAUGUGGCACGUCGCCUGCAACCCCAGCCCAGCUUAUCUGACCCCGCGGCGUCCCCAGCCUGUGGUACCCCAGCCAACUCUGAGUUCAUAGUUAUAAAUUGAGGGGCCCUGGCCCUGCCACAGGGAAGGAAGCCAUCUCUGCUCAUUUCCUUCCCGGCUCCACCCCUGUCCUCUUACCUGUGUUAGGUGCCCCAUGCCAGACGCCACAGGCUUAGUCGUGGCUACUGUUCUCGUGUGCUAUAUUGCUUUCUCCUGGGGAAGAAGAGGUCAUGUCUCCUUCCAGCAGUGUGUUCCCUACCUGUGUUUGCCCCUUAGAGCCUUAACUCUCCCUUCUAUUCUCUAUUUAUGGUUGUCCCCUUCCCUCUUGUCCUCAACCUGGCGUGAACUGAGGGGUUGGUGGUGGGGUGCACCUGAACACAGAGUGUAUUUUCUUAUUGAGACUCUGUACUUGCCGCUGUGUACAUAUAAAAGUGCCAGUUUGU